AUGGGAGACUACGGAGAGGAAGGUGAUUCCGUCCAUUUCUUCCUAAUUGCCGUAAAAAACGGCCCCGAAGAUACGGCUUCAUUCGUUUUGGCGCACCAUUUUGUACAAGAGAAUGUAACAUGGCUGGAUGUUCCUCUUGAUGACUUCCCCAAGUUGAUUGCAGUGGAGUAUUUGGAAAUCGCCGCAAUUAGAGGAAUGGCCCUUCGGAAAGAGGAUAGGAUCGGGCGUUGGUACUUCGGUGGCUUGGCUUCUGCUGGUGCUGCAUGUUGUACCCAUCCUCUCGAUUUGUUGAAGGCGGUGCUCCUAGAUGGACCAUGCGAUCUUCCUGCUGGAGUGCUAGAUUGUCAUGUUGGUUGA